UUGUCCGCCUGCGGUCCUCACCGGGAGGCGGCUGGGACGCGACCUUCGGAGCCCAGGGAUUUCCGGGGAGGAGGACCCGCGCCCCCGACCGCCCCCGGGGAGGGCUCCGAGCCGCAGUGCGCGCGCUCUGCUGGCCUGGCCCCGCGUCCUGCCCUGCCCUGUCCUCUCCUGCGGGGUCCCUCUGGUCACCCGCAAGCGAGGGCCGCCCUCCCUCGAGGACAGCCACUUCUACCCAGAGUCUGUAAUGUAAGAUGGACCCGGAAGAGCAGGAGCUGCUGAAUGACUACAGAUACAAAAGUUACUCCUCAGGGAUUGAAAAGGCUUUAAGAAAUUUUGAGUCCUCUAGCGAAUGGGCAGAUCUCAUAUCUUCACUAGGCAAGCUCAACAAGGCGCUGCAGAGCAACCUGAAGUACUCCCUGUUGCCACGCCGGCUGGUCAUCAGCAAGAGGUUAGCGCAGUGCCUGCAUCCCGCCCUGCCCAGCGGUGUGCACUUGAAAGCUCUGGAAACCUAUGAGAUCAUCUUCAAGAUCGUGGGGACCAAAUGGCUAGCCAAGGACUUGUUCUUGUACAGCUGCGGGUUGUUUCCCCUCCUGGCAAACGCGGCCAUGUCAGUGCGGCCCGUGCUGCUCGGCCUGUAUGAGAAGUACUUCCUCCCGCUGCAGAGGCUGCUCCUGCCCAGCCUGCAGGCCUUCCUUGUGGGCCUGCUGCCCGGCCUGGAGGAGGGCUCCGAGAUCUACGACAGGACAGAUGCCCUGCUGCUGAGGCUGUCGCUGGUGGUGGGCAGGGAGGUGUUCUACACAGCGCUGUGGGGCGGUGUGCUGGCCAGCCCAGCCAUCCGGCCCCCUGCCUCGCUCUUCGUGGUGAGCCACAUCAGCCGGGACUCGCCGGGCCAGGAGCAGAAGUUCAUGCUGGGCACCGACCACCAGCUCACGGUGAAGUCACUGUGUGCAUCACUGUUGGACUCGAAUGUGCUCGUGCAAAGAAAUAAUCUGGAAAUCGUUCUGUUUUUCUUCCCGUUCUACACCUGUCUGGAUCCCAAUGAAAGAACCAUUCCCCUGCUCAGAGCCGACAUUGUCCACCUCCUCUCGGCUGCCACCCAGACCCUGCUUCGAAGGGACAUGUCCCUGAACAGAAGGCUCUACGCCUGGUUGCUAGGUUCAGAUAUUAAAGGAAAUACCAUUGUGCCAGAAACUGACAUCUCAAAUUCUUAUCAAGACCAAUCCUCUUAUUUUUUUGAAAAAUACUCCAAGGAUCUUUUAGUUGAGAGUCUGGCUGAGAUACUGCACCAGAAGUUCUCCAACACAGAUGUCGAGGAGCGGCACCAUGCGUACCUGAAGCCUUUCCGCAUCCUAGUUAGUCUGCUCGACAAGCCUGAAAUAGUACAAUCAAGGAAAACAAAAAUGCCUCUGAGAUCGUUAAGACGGUGAACUUGCUGAUCUCCUCCCUCAGCACCGACUUCCUCUGGGAUUAUAUGACAAGGUGCUUCGAGGAGUGCUUCAGACCAGUGAAGCAGGGCAGCCCUGCUGGGAAACCUGUCAGGCCCCUGCCCACCGUCUCGGAGCUCUGCACUCUGCUCGCCUUCCUCCUGGAUGUCAUCCCCUUGGAGCUCUACUCAGAGGUCCAGACCCAGUACCUCCCGCAGGUGCUCGGCUGCCUGCUGCAGUCUCUGACCGAGGAGAUGGAGGCCUUGAGCUUGCCUGAGCUCACGCACGCCCUGAAGACGUGUUUCAAGGUGCUCAGCAAGGUCCAGAUGCCGCCCUCCUACCUGGAUGCGGAGCCUACAAGUGGAAGCUUGAGUCCAGUAAAAGGUGAACAUGGCGAAGUCAUUUUGGAAACGAAGGCAGUGGUUCCUGGUGAGGAGGAGAUGCCGUUCCCCCCUCUGAAGUCUGAGGACAGCGGGAUCGGGCUCAGCGCCUCGUCGCCAGAGCUGUCUGAGCACCUGCGGGUCCCUCGGGUUUCUUCGGAGAGAGACGACAUCUGGAAGAAGGGGGGCAGCAUGCAGAGGACAUUUCUGUGCAUCCAGGAGCUCAUUGCCAACUUUGCCAGCAAGAACAUUUUGGCAGUGCCACUGCCCGAGCCUGGAGAGGAAAACAGGGCUGAGGAGCCUGCAGGGAGGAGGGACAAGGGUGGGACGCCAAGUGCGGUGACCAGCAACUCGGGCAGGAAGAACUCGUGGGAGGCCAAGCCCAUCACUGUGCCCCAGUUUAAGCAGAUGCUUUCAGACCUGUUCACAGUGCGCGGGUCUCCGUUUAAGACAAAAAGUUCGGAGUCACCGACGUCUCUGCCCAGGAACCCUGGCAGGAAAACGGGAGGAGGAUGGGAUGCCGAGCACGUGGUCAUUGACCUGGGGGCCUCCAAAGAGGACUGCAGGGAGGCCUUUGCUGCCGCCUGCCAUCUGCUGCUGGACUGUGCCACCUUCCCCGUCUACCUGUCCGAGGAGGAGACCGAGCAGCUCUGUGAGACGCUUUUCCAGCCCCCAGGGGCCAGCAAUCCCAGUUUUCCACUGUGGCUGAAGUCCCUGAUGACCAUUUGCUGCUGCGUGACUGACUGCUACCUCCAGAAUGUGGCCAUCUCCACCCUGUUGGAGGUGAUCAACCACUCCCAGUCCCUCGCGCUGGUCAUCGAGGACAAGAUGAAGCGCUACAAAAGCUCCGGGCACAACCCGUUCUUUGGCAAGCUGCAGAUGGUGACGGUCCCGCCCAUCACCCCAGGGAACCUGAAGGUCCUUGCGGAGGAAACAGACUUCUAUCAGAGGGUGGCACGAGUGCUGUGGAAUCAGCUGAACAAGGAGACCCGGGAACACCACAUCGCCUGUGUGGAGCUGUUCUACCGGCUGCACUGCCUGGCUCCAACAGCCAGCAUCUGUGAGGACAUCAUCUGCCACGCACUGCUGGACCCUGACAAGGGCACACGAUUGGAAGCUCUCUUUCGAUUUUCUGUAAUCUGGCACCUGACCAGAGAGAUCCAAGGCAGCCGAGUGACAUCCCACAGUCGCUCCUUUGACAGAUCCCUGUUCGUCGUGCUCGACAGCCUGGCCUGCACGGACGGCGCCAUCAGCACGGCGGCCCAGGGCUGGCUGGUGCGCGCGCUCUCCCUGGGGGAUGUGGCGCGCAUCCUGGAACCUGUGCUCCUGCUGCUGCUGCAGCCCAAGACCCAGCGGACGUCCAUCCACUGCCUGAAGCAGGAGAACUCGGCCGAGGACUUGCAUCGUUGGUUUCACAGGAGGAAACCUUCCUUCAAAGAGGCAGGCGGGGCAUCUGAGCUUGCAGAAGGUGGCUCUGAAGAGCACCUGCCCCUGAGCCAGUUCACCACAGUGGAUCGGGAAGCCAUCUGGGCCGAAGUGGAGCAGGAACCGGAGAAGAGCCCGCCGCACAGCGAGCUGAGUGGGGAGGACCUGCCCUACUGCGUGGGCCUCCCAGACGGGGUGGGCCCCGGCGCCCCAGACAGCAGCGAGCACACCGAGUCUGCAGACACAAGCUCUGGCCACACGGACAGCGAGAACACGUCGAGCUUCUCCUCCCCAUCCCACGACCCGCAGGAGCUGAGCCUCGAGGACAACUGUUGCGCACCCAUCCCUAUGGGGGGCAGGGUGCACCCCAAGCGCUCGGCCUUGCUGCCAGCCUUCCAGCCCGAAAGCUUCAGCCCCGGUGCCAGACUGAGCCUGGUGCGUGUGGACUCGGACAAAACGCAGGCUUCAGAGUCACUGUCCAGCGAUGAGGAGGCAGACUUGGAGCUCCAGGCCCUGAGCACAUCGCGGCUACGGAAGCAGCAGAAAGAAAGGCAGGAGACACUCGAGGCCUUGUUUAAACACAUCCUGCUCUACCUGCAGCCCUACGACGCCCGCCGCGUGCUGUACGCCUUCUCCGUGCUGGAGGCCGUGCUCAAAACCAACCCCAAGGAGUUCAUUGAGGCCGUGUCCAGGACUAGCAUGGACACCAGCUCCACCGCACACCUCAACCUCAUCUCCAACCUCCUCACACGCCACCAGGAGGCUCUGGUCGGCCAGAGUUUCUACGGGAAGCUGCAGACCCAGGCGCCCAGCGUGUGCCCCCACUCGCUGCUCAUCGAGCUCCUCACCUACCUCUGCCUAAGCUUCCUGCGCUCCUACUACCCUUGCUAUCUGAAGGUCUCCCACCGGGACAUCCUGGGCAACCGAGACGUGCAGGUCAAGAGCGUGGAGGUGCUGAUCCGCAUCGUGAUGCAGCUUGUGUCAGUGGCCAAGUCCUCGGAGGGGAAGAACAUGGAGUUCAUCCACAGCCUGCUGCAGAGGUGCAAGGUCCAGGAGUUCGUGCUGCUGUCACUGUCAGCGUCCAUGUACACCAGCCAGAAGCGCUACGGCCUGGCCACCAGCGAUCAGGGCGGGGCCCUGGCAGAGGACAGCCUCUUCGAGGAGAGCCUCAUCAGCCUGGGCCAGGGACAGAUCUGGAGUGAGCACCCACUGCAGAUCGAACUGCUCAAGCUCCUGCAGGCACUCAUCAUCUUAGAGCACCACCUGGGCCAGGGCCAGGAGGAGGCUGAGAGUCAGCCGGCCCUGUGUCGGGAGUGGCAGAAGGCGCUGAACUUCCAGCAGGCCAUCGGGGCCGUACAGUAUGUGCAGCCCCACCCUCUCACCUCCCAGGGCCUGCUGGUCUCGGCGGUGGUACGGGGCCUGCAGCCUACCUAUGGCUACGGCAUGCACCCGGCCUGGGUGAGCCUGGUCACGCAGUCCCUGCCAUACUUUGGGAAGUCCCUGGGCUGGACGGUGACACCCUUCAUUGUCCAGAUUUGCAAAAACCUGGAUGAGUUGGUCAAGCUAAAUGAAAGUGAGUCUGUGAAGCUCUCCAUCAGCACAACCUCCAAGAAGGAAAACAUUUCACCAGAUUAUCCACUCACUCUUUUGGAAGGUCUGACAACAAUUAGUCAUUUUUGUCUUUUGGAACACCCAAACCAAAACAAGAAGACAGCGGCGGUGAGCGACCCCACCAGCCUGCGCAAUGCCAGGAAUGCCAUUUUAGAAGAGCUGCCGCGCAUCGUUAACACCAUGGCCCUUCUCUGGAACAUGCUGAGAAAGGAGGAGACACAGAAAAGGCCCACGGACCUCCUGGGGGCCACCAAAGGGUCCUCUUCUGUCUACUUUAAAACCACCAAGACCAUAAGACAAAGAAUUCUAGAUUUCUUAAACCCCUUGACAGCCCAUCUUGGAGUUCAGCUGACAGCUGCAGUUGCAGUGGUGUGGAACAGAAAGAAAGCCCCGCGUCACAGUAAGACAAAGAUCGUCCCGCUGGCGAGCACGACCCAGCUCACCCUUGUUGACCUGCUGUGUGCACUCAGCACCCUGCAGACCGGCACGGUGCUGCACCUGGUGAAGGAGGUGGUGAAGAGGCCGUUGCAGAUCAGAGGGGAUGAGAAGUCGCCUCUCGUGGAUAUCCCUGUGUUGCAGUUUUGCUACACUUUUCUGCAAAGGCUCCCAGCAUCAGCCUUGCAAGAGAACUUUGUCUCGCUGUUGGGCGUCCUGAAGGAAUCUGUGCAGUUGAAUCUGGCCCCCCCUGGGUAUUUUCUCCUCCUCAGUCUGCUGAACGACUUUGUAACCAGAACUCCCAACCUGGAGAGCAAGAAGGAUCAAAAAGACUUGCAGGAAAUCACACAGAAGGUCCUGGAGGCCGUAGGGAACGUCGCUGGCUCUUCCUUAGAACAAACCAGCUGGCUCAGUAGGAACCUGGAGGUGAAGGCCCAGCCACAGGUCGCUCUGGAGCAGUCCGACGUGGAGGAGGACCUGCACGAUGCUGCUGCGGCUUCAGCCAUGGUGUCCUCGUCUGCGCCCUCGGUUUACAGUGUGCAAGCACUCUCUCUCCUGGCGGAGGUCCUGGCUUCUCUCCUGGACAUGGUUUAUCGAAGUGAUGAGAAAGACAAAGCGGUGCCAUUGAUCUCCCGCUUGCUGUAUUAUGUUUUUCCUUACUUACGCAAUCACAGUGGCUACAAUGCGCCCAGCUUCCGGGCCAGUGCGCAGCUGCUGAGCUCGCUGAGUGGCUAUGCCUACACGAAGCGGGCCUGGAAGAAGGAAGUGCUGGAAUUGUUCCUGGACCCCACUUUCUUUCAGAUGGAUACUUCCUGUGUUCAUUGGAAGUCCAUUAUUGACCAUCUUCUGACUCAUGAGAAAACAAUGUUUAAGGACUUAAUGAACAUGCAGAGCAGUUCUUUAAAACUGUUCUCCAGUUUUGAGCAGAAAGCCAUGCUGCUAAAGCGCCAGGCUUUUGCUGUGUUCAGUGGAGAACUCGACCAGUACCACCUCUACCUCCCACUGAUCCAAGAACGCCUGACAGACAAUCUCAGAGUUGGACAGACACCCAUAGUUGCUGCUCAGAUGUUUCUUUUUUUCAGAGUUUUGCUGCUAAGAAUCUCUCCUCAGCAUCUAACCUCAUUGUGGCCCAUAAUGGUCUCUGAACUGAUUCAGAUAUUCAUACAGCUUGAAGACGACCUGAAGGAGGACGAUGAGCCAUUGAGAAACAGCAACAAAAUAAACAGAAAAGUUUCGGUCGUGGAUGGAAACGGGUCCUCGGCUGGGGAGACGGCCCCGAGUGAACUUGUCUUGUAUUUGUCAGCUUGCAAAUUCCUGGACACGGCCCUUUCUUUCCCGCCUGACAGGAUGCCACUCUUUCAAAUAUACAGGUGGGCUUUUGUUCCAGAAGUGGACACAGAGGGUCCUGCCUCCCUGUCCAACCUAGAAGAUAAUCACCAGGAGUGCAAACCCCACACUGUCAGGAUUCUACAACUUCUGAGAUCAAAAUAUGGGGAAGGCGGCAGCUCUGAUGAGAGCUCUGCGAAGAGUGAAUUUCCGCUUCUGCGCCAGCAUUCUGUGUCCAGCAUCAGGCAGCUGAUGCCCUUCUUCAGGACUCUGAGUUGCGCUUUCAAAACCCAAGCUCAGCCCUGCGCCACCGCCAGAGCUCUGCUCCCAGAGUCCCUGGUCAUGGGCAGCUCUCACGUCCUCAAGCAGCUGGAGGAGUGUGUGGAGCAUGACUUUCUGGAACAUCCAGAAUGUUAAUUAACAUUUCUAGAAUUUGUUUAAUCCGUUCACUGAUACUUGGGUAAAAACCAAGAUGUGCUCUAAACAGAAAAGGCAGAUAGUGCUUCUCAGCAACUGUGCUUCAGCUCUGAAAGUUCAUUUCAGAUCAUUCUGUGUUCAGCAACAGAACACACCUCCCUAGAUGCCCUGUAAUAUAUUUGGGUCUCACUCUUGUGUUUCUUCCUCAAUUUAUGUAAUAGAAAUAAAAUUGACAUGUCCUCUAACAGCAGCACAAAAUCUGGUACGAAGUGAAGUGUGAAGAGAGGGAAGCAGUGGUCGUCCUUGUUGGAGCAGCUGUCUGGGUCUUCCUUGGUCCAGUUCUCUGAAAGUUCAAGCUUAUUUAAAGAAUUCUAUUUUGAGUACGGGGAUUUAGCUCAGUGGUUCUGCCACCUGCCUCGCAAGCGCAAGGUCCCAAGUUCAAUCCCAGUACCAAAAAAAAAAAAGAAUGCUAUUUUUAAUGCUUCAUGCAAAUGUCCUUUAAAGUAUUUAUUUUGAUACUGCAUUUUAAAACUAAAAUGUAUUGUUUUCUGAGAAUAAUAAUGUUACCUAUUCAGCAGAGCUGAGCGCAUAAAUAUAUCUCACUUUCUUCAACCCUUGACCAUUAAAAUCACGUUUGCACAUUUACCUGUA